AUGGCUCGUGCUUUACUUUCUGCUAUUGUGGAGCAGCUUGGUCUUUUCAUUUCUUCAGAGUUCACCUUGACUGCAACUGUUAAACAAGAAGUCCAAAAGCUUGAAACCAAAUUCUGUACCAUCCAGGCAGUGCUCAACGAUGCUGAGAAGAGGCAGCUGAAGGAGGAAGCUGUGAAGCUUUGGUUAGAUAAGCUCAAACGCGUAUCCUACGAGAUGGACGACGUGUUGGAUGAGUGGAACACUGCCAUGAUCAAAGAAGAGAUUGAGAAACAACAAAAAGUCGAAGUAAAUCCCGAAACUAGCACUGCUAAGAAGAGGAAGGUAUUGCCCAACUUCAAUUUCUCAGUUCCUAAUUUUUUUCAGAAUCGUGAUAUUGCUCAUAAGAUAAAAGAACUGAAUGAAAAAUUAGAUGAGAUUAACAAAGAGAGGGAGGUGUACGGGUUUGAAUUAAGUAAGGCCAUUGAAGAAGUGGUUGAGAGACCAAAAACUACUUCUUAUGUUGAUGUGUCUAAUAUUCUUGGUCGCGAGAAGGUUAAGGAUGAUCUAGUGAGCAUCCUAUUGGGUGAGGGUACUGAAAAACAAAAACGUCCCCAUGUCAUCUCUUUGGUGGGUAUGGGCGGUAUGGGAAAAACGACUCUUGCCCAACUAGCCUUUAAUCAUCAUGAGGUGAAAGAUCAUUUUGAAAAAAGAAUUUGGGUUUGUGUUUCCAAACCCUUUGAUCAAUGUAGGGUUGCCAAAGCUAUCGUUGAAGCUUUGGGAGUUCAUGAUUCCAAUACUACUGAAUUGCAAAGUCUGCUAGAUACAAUUUGUGAAUUAAUUCGGGGAGAGAAGAUUUUUCUUAUCUUUGAUGAUGUGUGGACUGAAGACUAUGCAAUGUGGAAGCCAUUCAGAGAUGCACUAAAAAAUUGUGGUUCCCAAAGUAGUAGAAUCCUAGUCACCACACGUAAAGACAAAGUUGCGAAGAUGAUGGAAAGUGCAAAUACGAUCAAGUUAGAGGAAUUGUCUGAGGAAGAUUGUUGGUUGGUGUUUAGUAAAAUAGCAUUUGUAGAUGAGGAUCCUAAGCAAUGUGAGCAACUAGAAGACGUUGGCAAGAAAAUAUCAAAGAAGUGCAAAGGCUUGCCCCUUGCUGCAAAGACUCUAGGGAGUCUCAUGCACUUCAAGAAAAGUAGAGAAGAGUGGAACAACGUUUUGGAUAGCAAUUUUUGGGAAUUAGAAGACAUUGAAAGAGGACUUUUUGCACCGUUGUUACUAAGUUAUUAUGAUUUGUCAUCACCACUGAAACGGUGUUUCUCAUAUUGUGCUAUCUUUCCAAAAGAUCAUGUCUUUGAAGUUGAUAUGUUGGUAUCUAUGUGGAUAGCACACGGAUUUGUUGAGUCAAAGGGAAAUAUGGAGGUGGAAAUCAUGGCAAGAGAAUACUUUAAAAGUUUAGUCAUUCGCUCUUUCUUCCAAGAGGAACAUAUACUUUUUGACAUGAGAAUUUUAGACUUUUACGAGUAUUAA